GAAAAAAAAAUAUCAUAAAUACAACUGUAAAAAUAUAUAUAUUAAGUGAUGAAAAGCGAAUGAUCAAAUACCAACAGCAUUUUAAUGUGGGUUCCAGAAAAGAAAUGCGUUGGUGUUGACUAUGUUAUUUACAAAACUAUAAUAAUUUGAUUGAAAUGAAACCUGGUUGAUUUGAUGCAGUGCAGAAGAGGAAUUUGGAGAGAUGGUGAAGUUGAAGCUUUUGGAAGAGCCGCACCCGCACCCAUUGACCUUCAUGGAAGGAAGAAUAAACUGCCGAGAAGGCAUGUUGUGCUGUGGCUGCAACAAAGAAUUGUAUCCCCCAGCUUUCAUUUGCUCCACCUGCAACUUCUAUAUUCAUCAAUCCUGCAUCCACCUUCCUCCUCUACUCCGCAGCCGAUUUCACCCCAACCAUCUUCUUUCUCAUGCCGCUAUCAACCACGACCAUUGCCAUUGCUGCUGGCAGCGGCCCCGCGAUUGCAUCUACACCUGCUCCCCAUGCGGUUUUGUCAUCGACAUCAAAUGCGCUAUCUCAGACACAAAACAGAGCGGUUUGCAAUUGGUGGCCGGCCAAACAUAUCAACAUUUCACCCAUCCACAUCCAUUGAUCCUCGAGGAGCAGAUCACUGGGAGGAGGAAGUUGGUUGUUUGCCAUCUUUGUGAGAUGCUCCUUGUUUCGGGUCCUACUUACUUCUGCCCUAUCUGUGAUAUCCGCUUUCAUAAAGCCUGUGCCGAGCUGCCGCGUGAGAAAUUGCAUCUCGAACUCCACCCCCACCCGCUGUUUCUUUUUCCCCAUCGCUGGGAUGAACCAUUCUGCCAUACCUGCAAGAACCGAUGCUCGUCGUUCGUGUACAAUUGUGUUGAAUGUGAUUUCAAUCUCCAUGUAACGUGUCUGUUAUCUUCACAUCACAAACACUAUUUCACCAGAUUCCGGAAUAGAAUGGGGUUUCAGUGCCUGUUAUGUGGUUGGAAUAGCUAUGAUUUUCCGUGGUUCUGUACCAUCUGCCAUCUUUUGGCUCACAAGGAAUGCGCUGAGUUGCCAUUGUCCCUCCGGGUUGUAGGACACGAGUGUUCUCUCAGUUUCAAAUACUCUCACCCGAACAAUUUACGCUGCGAAAUCUGCAGAAAGAAAGUCGAACCGCAGUUUGCAGCAUACAAUUGUUCUAAAUGCAGCUAUGUCAUUCAUUUGAGCUGUGCUGCAAAGAAAAUGUUUGAAGAAGUUGGUGCUGUUUUGCCCUUCAACGGCAUCACCAGCCUAAGAGAUGGGGCUUCAGCCAUCCACAUUCUGGAUUCAAAUUGUGAACAUGAGUUAGUCCUCUACAACCAAGAGGAAGAGGAUGGCAAUGGCAAUGGCAAUGGCAAUGGCAAUGUCAAUGAUGAUAACCGCUGCCACGGUUGUAUGCGACACAUCUCAGCCGCUAUGCCAUAUUACGGUUGUGUGAACUGCGAUCUCUUUCUCCACAAAAUCUGUGCUGAUUUGCCAGUAAUGAAUUGGCACUUGCUUCACCAACAUCCUUUAACCCUCAUUCCAACCCAAGAUGUCGUAUUCCAGUGUAAUGCUUGUCUGCAGUUCUGCCAUGGCUGCUAUGCCUACCACUGCGAAGAAUGUCGCUUCAUGCUCGACAUACGAUGCGCUCUGACCCCAACCAAGCAAUUCAAGCAUCCAAGCCACCGGCAUUUGCUGUCUCUUGCACAGUACAACAUGGUGAAUCAAACAUGUCAUGGCUGUGGCCAAAGCAACAACACGGUGUUCGAAUGCCACGAUGGCUGCUGCAGCAACUUCUCUUUGGACUACAGAUGCGCAACUCUACCGCUCCAAGCAAGAAGCAGGUACGAUGCUCAUUUUUUGGAUCUGAGUUUCUCUGCGGAAGACGAAAGCGGGGAAUAUUACUGUGAUGUAUGCGAAGAAGAGAGGAAUCCCAGCGUGUGUUUUUACCACUGCAAGAUGUGCCAAUUCGCUGUCCACAUUGAGUGUGUUCUUGGGGAAUAUCCAUGGCUCAAGUACGGAUUAUAUGAAACUCACAGGCAUCCGUUGGCUCUGGUGGCAGAGGGGAAGAUGAAUUUCUCUCCUUGUGGGCACUGUGGGAAAUCUUGUGCCGGAAACUUGGCCUAUGAAUGCCGCCGCUGCAAGUUCAAUGUCCACGCUGUUGGGCAAUGUUACCACAAACAGAUUCUCCAAGGCAAAAUAAUUUUCGACAUCAAGUGAUCAAUUUUGUAGCAACCAUAAUCUCAUGUGGUUGGCUUGUAGUGACAAUCUCAAAUUCCAUAAAGAAAUUUGAUCAUACGCUCGACUUCCAAGAACUAAUCGGAAAUAAUAGAAGGACGAAAAAGAAAGGAAUCGAACGGAACCUAGAAAAGACACAAUUUCAAUCUCAUCUCGCUCCCUUCGAGUUCGAUAUUGUGUUUCGAUUAACAUUGUGAUUAAUACAAUUUUAACCUAAAACCUCUCCCUAAACCUCCAACUCUUUGAAAUCCAGCAUCCUAAUUCCCAACUGCAGGCGUUACACCAAUCAUCAAAUAGCGUCAAAAGCCAAACGAAGAAAAGGAAUUAACAAAGAAAGACAAUUACCAGAAAUCUGUCUUUGUUGGUAAAAAUAUAUAUACGCAGUAAUAUAAAAUAUCACUGAUUCUCAAGCAAUAGCAAUCCACAUGGUCUAAUUAGUAUUUUUUCCAUAACUGUGUCACAGUUUUAUCAAUGCAAUAAAGAAAAUACGAGAUAGGGAUAGAAAACAAACAAUACAGUCCAAUAUCUCACUUUCUUCUCUCUUCUUUCUCUCUGCCGGUAAAAAUGGCCACCGCUCCCCCUUUUUUUGCUUCUG